AGCCACAAAAUUAAGGAAAUUAGAGGAGGGAGAAUUUGGUUAGGCAAGAAAAUAGCCUUGGUGAACCUCGCCCUUCUUAUUUCCUUAAUUUUGUGGCUAGAGUCAAAUACUUUCUGUGGAGGGAGUCAAAUGUAGGCAAGCAAUAAACAUUUCAGAACAACUACUAUUUGAAUAAGACAUGGGAGAGAUGAUGAAUUUUGGCAAAGAGAUUUAUUUAUAGACUAAUACACUUGAAACAAAUAGCCAAACCGAAAACUGCAGACAUUACAAGUGCCCCCCGUUCAAACCGACAUAAAAAAAGUAAAUGAAAUGCAGCCUAUGUGAUCAGAAAUCUCAACUAGCAAGCAAGUCGCAGCAAUGAAGAAUUGAGUGCGUUCACUGGAAGAGGGGGUGUUCUCGGCACAACACCUGUACUCAGCUCCGGUGAACUCCUUCCCAAAUCAAGCACUGUUCGAGUUAGUUCUGGGUUUAACCGAGAUUAAUGUAUUGCGAAGAUUCCAUAUGUACCCAAUGCUGGAAAUCGAGACGUCUUGUGUUUCCAACAAUACAAUGCAGAAGAAGUAGGUUAUGGCUAACUUGAAAGAAGGGCUGUGUUUGUCAGGUGUCAUGGAAGUGUCUGUUGUCUUGCUGUUGCACAGUGAGACUCUACCUCUACAUGCAGCCUUUGAGUUCUUCACCAAACUUGGUGUCAAAUACUGCACCUUUCACAACAGGGACAUGUCCCCCAAGGGAAGCACUCUGGAGGAAUCCAACAGCAACCUGGAUGAGAUGACAGACCUGGCCCUGCACCUGCAGAAUAGGACUGGGGUGAAGGUGCUGUGGGUCACCUGCAAUCUGUUCGCCCACUCAAGGUACAUGAAUAGAGCAGCGGCCAACCCUGACUGCCAUGUUUUGGCCUAUGCUGGGGCCCAGGUGAAGAAAGGAUUGGAUGUAGCCAAGAUGAUAACCUGAUUGUGUUAUUGUAUAUCAGAGUACAAGGAGAAGAUAGGGUUGAGGUGCCAGUUCCUCAUUGAACCCAAGCCUAAAGAGCCAUGCAAACAUCAAUACGACUAUGAUGCAAUGAGUGUCAUAGGCUCCCUGAAGCAUUAUGACCUGGACAGCCAUUUCAAACUGAGCAUCGAACCCAACCACACCACUCUGGCUGGGCAUUCCUAUGAACACGACGUCGUCAUGGCCUCUGUGUAAAUCGUCCUGUUGACUUUCAUGUUUCCCAAACCGACCCCCUAUCACCUGCUCUCUACCUCGAUGGACUUGUGUAGGUCUGGAGAGAUUGGAUAGGUCGAAUCAAUAUGUUAAUGCCCACCUUGCCCUCUGAUAGGGGAGUUAUAAUUUUCACCAUAUUUCUUACACCUUUCAGAAGUGCAUAGGGGGUAGGGCCUAGUGGUCUUUUUUGGACUGGGUGGUUGACGUCAUUCCUGGUAAUCCGGAUGUUCCAGUCCAGUUAACCUAAUAAGCCUGUUGUUCUGGUGUGUAGGUUUGGCAUGCUGGGCUUUGUGGACUCCAACACGUUUAUUUUUUUAUUUCACCUUUAUUUAACCAGGUAGGCAAGUUGAAAACAAGUUCUCAUUUACAACUGCGACCUGGCCAAGAUAAAGCAAAGCAGUUCGACACAUUUAACAACACA